AUGGCCUCGACAUUUGAAGGCACACAUUUGCAUGGUGGCGCGGACUUCUAUCUUCAUCUUCACGAUGGCGGCCACGAUGGAAACAGUAACCCUUCACCGAAAGGUCACCGACUCAAUGGUGAAGAUGAUUCAAUGCUCAACGGCGGGUAUUUUUCAGGACAUCAUGUUACAGUGUUGCAUGCAGAAGAGAGAUACAUCCAGACCCUAGUCAAGCUCCUCCACCAGGGCUUCCCGAGGCUACGGAUCAUUCCCGAACACAGCUCGACAGAGGCUGCACUUGUAACCGUCCUCGACGGCAGAGAAACUGUCGUGAUCAUCACCGCCUACCCCUUGUCGCUGAUCAUUGACGAUUGGGCUGGGGGAUCCAUCAAAUCCUGCAGCCUGUGCUUUCCCAGUACCCACUUCCUCCCUGGCGUUUCGUGUUUGGUGGCAUGUUCCGACAGCGCUCCUCGUUCCACACAAGCCGAACGAGGCGGCCAGGAUGGCAAAGGCAAAAUGCAGCUGUUGUAUGGGCAGGGCCUGCUGAACUCUGGACAGCUGACGCAGACAACCCUAGCAGAUAUUCUUGGCGUGCACGGCAGGACUUUCUUCAAGGAAGCUUCGUGUGAAGGACGGCUCAUCAUAGGUCCAAGCGCCUCAGCUCACAUUCCAGAAGUCGUUGAAUCGAACACGCUCUCCAUGAAGAUCCUUGCGUUUCCGAGAGGCCAGUAUACCGGAAGUCUAGAGUGGACGUAG